AUGAAGUCUGCUGUUCUUGUUCUUGUCGCUUGCCUUGCUGGCAUUGCUGUUGCCGACAAUGGUAACGCCAACCAGUUUGUUGACCAGAUUGUCACUGCUCUGAAAACGCAAAAGAACUUUGACCCCUUGGUUAUCCCGCCCCAUCACAUGAACAUUGACCGCAAAAUUGGCGCCAUUCACCUGAAGGGCACUGCUGACCUAAAGGAGACCAAGAUCACUGGCCUUAGCCAUGUGCGCCGAGUGGGUGAUGCCGUCCUCAAGAACGAAAACGGAAGUUUCACUGCCAAGCUUCACCUUGGAGACGACAACGUCAAGCUUUUCUCUGAUAUCAGCCUUCAUUUCCUUCACAAUAUUAUCCACCCGAACCUCAAGGUGGAGAUUGACAUUGGCAACAUCGGUGUUGGCUUUGGCGUAACCAUUGGUGCCGACGGAAAGCCCGCUCUCAAGGACUUUGACAUUGAAGAGUUCAAACACGUCAAAAUCCACGUGCACGGUCUUGGCCCCCUGGACCACCUUGUCGACCUUAUCGGAGAGGCUUACAUUUCCCUGGCCAACACUCAGGCUCGACACAUGAUCACCGGCAUUGUCCGACCGAUCCUUGAUCAGGAGCUGAAGAACUUUAAAAUGGGAGGAUUCUAG